CCUAGGCGCGCCCCUGGGGGCCGUUGAAAAAUGGCGACUGUUGCCGAGCUGAAGGCGGUUUUAAAGGACACCUUGGAAAAAAGAGGAGUAUUAGGGCAUUUAAAAGCAAGGAUUCGAGCUGAAGUUUUCAAUGCUCUUGAUGAUGAAAGUGAACCUCGACCAUCAUUGUCUCAUGAAAACCUUCUAAUUAAUGAAUUAAUUCGGGAGUAUUUGGAAUUCAACAAAUAUAAGUAUACAGCAUCUGUCCUCAUAGCAGAAUCUGGUCAACCCAUAGUUCCAUUGGACAGACAGUUUCUCAUCCGUGAACUAAAUGCAUUGGAAGAAUCAAAGGAUAAUACAAUACCUCUUUUGUAUGGAAUUUUAGCUCAUUUCUUGCAUGGAACUAAGGAUGACAUCCAAAAUACAUUUCUGAAAGGGUCUUCACUUCAGCCUCCAAGCCCAAAUCUUGGCAGACAACCUAAUGGAAGAAAGUAAAUGGUUUUCCUGAACUGCCAUGAGCAAUAUUGAUCAUGUUGGGCUUCCCUGGUGGCACAGUGGUUAAGAAUCCACCUGCCAGUGCAGGGGACAUGGGUUCGAGCCCUGGUCCGGGAAGAUCCCACAUGCCGCAGAGCAACUAAGCCCGUGCACCACAACUACUGAGCCUGCACUCUAGAGCUCGUGAGCCACAAAUACUGAGCCCACGUGUCACAACUACUGAAGCCUGCGUGCCUAGAGCCCGUGCUCUGCAACGAGAGAAGCCACCGCAUGAGAAGUCUGUGCACCUCAAUGAAGAGUAGCCCCCGCUCGCCGCAACUAGAGAAAGCCCGCGAACAGCAACGAGGACCCAACACAGCCAAAAAUAAAUAAAUAAAAAAUAAAUAAAUUUUUUGAAAAAGAAA